AUGACCCCCUUCCUUCCUCACGACGUUCUCUACCAAAUUAUCCACCAUUUCUGCAUCAUCUACCUUCCCAAGCCCCACGAAGUCCUCUACCGCAACUUCCUCACCGAUACAUCUGUCCAACAGCUUCUCCAGCUGCGCCUUAUCUCAAAGGCCUUCUGCUACGCCGUUACGCCGCACAUUCUCAAUGAAGAGACGAAGCACUUGAGGAAUGGGCUAAGGAAGUUGAUGAUUGUUGUCGGUGAGCACACCCAGCCGGAUCAAGCGCUCGCCUUUUCUGCAGCCAAGAAACGGCAACUGCGGACUUGUGCGACCAAAUUUCGGACUCAGCUCGAUUUGCCCAUGUUUGGACUACCCAGCCUAAGGGAGUUAGUUCUCUACCUCGACGAAGCCACAGACAAUGACGACUUCGUUUUCAACAAAGGCUUUCUUUUGAGGGACCCGGUCGUGGAUUUUUGCCUGGCCUUUGAUGAUGGGAAGCUUGACCAUUUAACUAGCCUGAGAGUGAGAGCGAAGGAUGGUUCUCUCGAGCCCAUUCUCUUCUACGCAAAGGAGUCGAAGCCGCUUUACAGGAACUUGAAAUCGCUUCACUGUCAUCGCCUGUGGACGAUUGACGAUGGUAAUAUUCCUAGAGAAUCGAGAUUGGCCGCAGGAAGCGUUUCGGACUCGGUGAGGCUUUGCCCGAACCUACAAGAACUUUGUCUCUUUGGCCUGCUCACAUAUCCGCGGUCUUAUCCGCGGUCUUAUCCGAAACCCAAAAAUCUGCAGCUUCAUCCAGAAAAUAAAGGCUUGGACAAGUUUAUCUUAGGCGAUCUUGAUGUUAGGUCGGACCUGUUCCAAGAGCUAAAGGGUUUGGUGGCACUCAUUUCGUCAGUGGAACUCGGAAUGGAUCGCUAA